GGAGCGCGCGGAGCGGACGAGUCCGUUUGACCGAAGCAAAGACACCGGGGACCGGACCCAGCCGGACAGAGACACCAGGGACCGGACAGAGACGUCAGGGACCGGACAGAGACACCAGGGACCGGACAGAGACACCAGGGACCGGACACAGCCGGACAGAGACACGGACGUUUGGAUCAGAAUGCGCCUCUGAAAUCACCGCAGAAUCACCGACAGGAGGAGACUGUGACACUGCGCUGUGUCUGGAGGGUUUUUCUGACACGAUGAUCUGCAGCGCGCUCCUUCUGUUCACAGCGCUGUCCACCAGCGUCAAGUCACUGCCGAUGACUCCGAGUCAUCAGGAGAGUGAAGACGUCAAGGUGGUGAAGUGCAUCGUGGAGGCUUUGGCCGACGUGCUGUCCAAGCCCCGCCCCCUGCCCGUCAGUCAGGACUGUCUGCUCACGCUCACCACCGACGAGCGUCUUGCUGUGAUUCUUCGGCACCAGAACUUCCUGAAGGAGCUGCAGGAGGUCGCUCUUGGAGGCGGGCUUGACGGCCAGAAGGAAACUGAAGAAGAGCCUCCUCUCCAGCAGGGGGCAGACGACAGCCCAGAUCGAUCGAUGCUGCAGUCGGUGGGAGGGCCAGGAGAACGAUCGAUACUGUCCCAGGAGAGGAGGGGCUCAGGGGGGGAGGAGAGAAGGAGGUCAGGGGGGAGAGGGGAGGACAGGACGGGUGGGGAGGUCCAGGACGUCCCAGAGGAGGAGAGGGGAGAAGAGGAGGAGCAGAGGAGGGAGGAGAGCCAGAAGAGAAGGACCAAGGAGAAGAAAGGUUCUGAACACAGUGAAAAGAAAGAGAAAAAACAGGAGAGAGAAGAGGAGAGAGGAGGAGACAAAAGAGGAGAAGAGGAGAGAGGAGGAGACAAAAGAGGAGAAGAGGAGAGAGGAGGAGACAAAAGAGGAGAAGAGGAGAGAGAGGAGGCGUCCAGUUUGCAUUCACUCAAACUGGAGGAGAAGAGAGAGAGAGACAAGAAGAGAGGAGGAGAGGAGAAGAGAGGAGAGAAGAGGAGUGGACUGAAGCUGUGGAGCAAAAGAGCCCAGAUCACACAGGUUCUGAAAAAAUCCGGUGAAGAGAAAAACCUGCAUCACUCAAAGGAAAUGACAAAACAGGAAGUGAACGCAGAGAGGCGGAGCCCGGAGGAGGAGGAGCUACAGUUGAUCGUCCGCACCGCCGCGGAGGAAGAGGGCAGCGGCAACAAGAAGGAGUCGGACAUACAGAGUCUUGCGUCUCUGGAGUCAGAGUUGGAGCGUGUUGCUCAGAGGCUGCAUGUGCUCAGUGGUGCAGACAGGGGGCAGAAACGAGCCUGAAACAACAAACACUUUAUCCAAACACACUGGACUGUGAGUUAAAAUGACCUGAAUGUUUCGCAGUAUGGCAUUAAACUCACCUGGAUCUCAGGAAGGAGAUUGCUUAUUGUUCUUACUGUGAGGGAACUCGCCUCUCCACAGAUCUGACCUGUAACUUGACGCGGGAGAUAGAUGCGUUUAAUCUGAAGAUGAAUCACAGCUGAAUCUCCCAGAGUUCAGAUGGGCGUGAUUGACAGGUGGAUAAGCCAAUCAGAGACAGACGUGAGAGAAGCUUAAACUCUGAAGUGACCAAUGAGCUCCGUCGCUUCAGACGCAUCACUGAAAUACACAGAUCUGAUUGGACGAUCACGUACAGAACAUACACAGAUCAGUGAGUUUAAUGCCAAGCUGUGGAACAUUCCAGCAGGUAAAGCAAAAGAAUCUCCAUGGAGACAAACAGCUGGUGGAGCCUGACACCAGAAAAAUGUAAGUGUACCUUUAAUUCUUUAGAAAUUUAAAAAUUCAAAAUAAAAAUAGAAAAAAAAAAUAUUGAAAAAAAAGGUCCAUGUUUUAAAGAACACGCUCUGCAUUAUCUGUGCUGUAGCUGAGGUUAGCGACGACAUGCUAACAGAAGCAUGCUAGUGCUGAUAUGCUAACAGAAGAAUGCUAACAGAAGCAUGCUAGUGCGAUAUGCUAACAGAAGAAUGCUAACAGAAGUAUGCUAGUGCUCACAUGCUAACAGAGCAGAAGGUCACAGAAAUGCUCAGAUUUGUUUUGUAAACAUAAAAACAUGAACUUUUACCUGUGAUGUAACAAUCCUGGAAAAUUUAAAGCUUAAGACUUAAACAAGGAUUGAAGCGAAAACAAAACCAAACACAGGUUUGUUUUAGAUGAGACUGUUACAGCACAAAUUAAACCCAAAAACUUCAAAUCUGCAAAAAAAGUUUUGAAAGUUGUAUUUGAAAUUUGAAAAAAACAAAUUUAAAAAUUAACAAAUAUUCAAACAAAUAUAAACUCUGCUCUAAAGUCAUUUUAACUCACACACACACACAUACACACAAACACACACACCCCCACACACACACACACCCACCCCCACACACCAACACGCACACACACACACACACCCAUACACACACACACCUACACACACACCCCUACACACAAACACACACCCCCCCACACACCCACACACACCUACACACAAACACACACACAUACACACAAGUACACCCCCCCUACACACAAACACACACCAACACACACACACACACACAUACAGCCUGUGUGUGUGUAGCUUAGAUUAGCAUAAAUGCUACGUUUCAAAUGAGCUAAUGACAAACGUUUAAAAAACUCAGUUUUUAAAGACAAAGUUUCAGGUUAAACACGUUUCUGUUUUCAGCUUCAGCGUUUUUUAAACUCUGAGAUAAAACGCCACAGAAACAUGUCAAAGUUUCUUGUGCUUGGUGUUCGUCUCCAUGGUGAUGUCAUCCUUUACUUGGAAUGUUCCACAGUGCGGCUUUAAAAUGAUGUAUUUCCUUCAGUCACAGAUGUUUUUCUGCUGAUUGUGAGCGGGCUCGCCUCUCUGCAGAUUCGACCUGUAACUUUGUCUAGUCUGCUUGUUUACAUGGAAACGCAUGUGUUUAAUGCCAUACUGUGGAACAUUCCAGACAAAGCAAUAUGAUCUCCAUGGAUACAAGCACUUCACCAGAAAAGUCCCAGAGUGCAGCUUUAAUAAUGAAAGAAAAAACUAAAACAGGAUUAAAACUCACGACGUCAUGAAAAAUCUGGAAAAAGUACAACUCUUCAUCAGGAGGAAGACUUUUGUGAUGACAGUGUUUAGUUUUGUGUUUCUGUUUGAAAGAGGCAAAAAAAUGUUUGAUUUUAUUUAAAUUCAGAGAAAUCUGAAUCACACUUUGAUGAUGUAACGAAUCAUAACAACCAUAAUCAAAACGUUUCAGAUGAAGAUGUCACUUCUGAAUAGUUUUAGUUCCUCCAAACUAACUGCAUGUUCCACUCGUGUUUCACUGAGACCGCGGCUCUGAAACGGCUCAGUCACAGCCGCUUCAUCGUCAGGCCAAGACAAAAGCAUCGCUCUCAGAUCAGAGGCUGCUUCAAAUGUUUAA